GAGAAAAGGGUCUCAGUGAGCAGCAUCUUGCAGGACGCACGGAGCUGGCCAUCCACAGCCGCGCGCACCGGACGCGGUACCCAGGCGCACACACAAAAGACGCGGGACACAUCGAGACUUGUUAUUCUCUUUGGGACCGCAGCUGGAGAAGUGGGCUCGGCGUGUUUGAAUGGGAAAGAGUGGAUCGAACGCUUCUGGACACGGAUUGGGUUUUUAUUCAGACUCACGGCGAAGCCGCGCGUAGAGCCAGUCCUCGUUUGUUUUGGACUGAGCGUGGUAUGACAGAAGCGCGUCAACAAUCAAAACUCCCGAGUGCGCCUCGCAAUCACAGAGAUGAACUUUUAUUUUGUGCCGAGAAAAGACGCGUUGCUGGAUAACAAGCUGAGUGCAUAAUGAUUGGAGCUAAUUAGCCUCGCAAUUUCAGUAGCAGUCUUGUAAGAUUGGGAAUACAAAGAUUUCACUGGCCUCUGUGGAUUUCUCGAGACGUCUCACAGUUGGAGCGCGGAUGGAUGUUCUCCUGGAAUUUGCAAAUUUGUAAAUUAAACUUAGCUUUGACCUCAGUGUGUGUUUUAUACAUCCACUCUUCUCUUCUAUACCAUUUGGACUGUAAUCUCAACUCUAGAAAAAUGAGCAUACACUGUUUGGCUUUGUCCUGUUUAGUCGCGUGCGUUCUCUCCGUGCGCUGCAGCUCGGUGACCGGGACAGAGACUCAGAGCUCGCCGCAGGAGUCGUGCGCGUCCUGCGGCCUCAGGGCGCCGGAUCAGGCGGAGCGGGUGAACAUAGACUUCUUGGAGGCGGUGAAGAGACACAUACUGAACCGGCUGCAGAUGAGAGAAAGGCCGAACAUCACCCAUCCCAUCCCGAAGGCUGCGAUGGUGACGGCGCUGAGGAGGCUGCACGCCGGCAAAGUGCGAGAGGACGGGCGGGUGGAGAUCCCCAGCUUUGACGGACAGGCUGCAUUCAACAACGAGGUUCAAGCGGAGACCUCAGAGAUUAUCAGCUUCGCCGAAUCAGAUGAGCACACAUCCUCCAAGUCUGGUCUGUACUUCCUCAUCUCCAACGAGGGGAACCAGAACCUGUACGUGUCCCAGGCGAACCUGUGGCUCUACUUCCGUGUGCUGCCAGCCGGUCCUGAGAAGGGUCUCCGCAGGAAGGUGACCGUCAAGAUCCACUACCAGGAGUCUGGGGCUGCCAGUGGUGCUGAGGGAGGCCCAGGAGGUGGUGGUGGAGGGGGAACAGGCCGCUGGGCCCUGGUGGAGAAGCGGGUGGAUCUGAAACGCAGUGGCUGGCAUACGUUUCCCCUGUCGGAGGCGGUGCGGGCUGUGUUCGGGAAAGGCAGCCGGCGGCAGGACCUGGAGGUCCACUGCGAGGGCUGCGAUGCAGCCGGCGUUGCCCCGGUGCUGGUUGACCCAGGCGACCCGUCCCACCGGCCCUUCCUGGUGGUGCGUGCCAGGCAGGUGGAUGGAAAGCACCGCAUUCGCAAGCGGGGGCUGGAGUGUGACGGCACAAGUGGGGGCCUUUGCUGCCGGCAGCAAUUUUACAUAGACUUCCGCCUUAUUGGCUGGAACGACUGGAUCAUUGCACCAGCUGGUUAUUAUGGUAACUACUGCGAGGGCAGCUGCCCGGCCUACAUGGCAGGCGUGCCGGGCUCAGCUUCAUCCUUCCACACUGCAGUAGUUAACCAGUACCGCAUGAGAGGGAUGAGCCCGGGCUCGGUCAACUCCUGCUGCAUCCCCACCAAGCUCAGUACUAUGUCCAUGCUCUACUUUGACGAUGAAUACAACAUCGUAAAGAGGGAUGUGCCCAACAUGAUCGUGGAGGAGUGUGGCUGUGCUUGAGUCCAGGCUGACGCUUCAUUACCUUUGAACUUGGAACAGUCAGAAGGCCUUUUGUACAAACAGGACGUUAUUGUACGGUACACAUAUACAAUAUAUCUAUACCUACUGUAUGUGCAAGCUGCAUGCACGCUGGUACAAUCUAGCAAAA